ACCGGUAGCUGGGCAUAGCUGUCUUAACUUGGCUCAGGUGGGAGGCGGGGGUUUGCAGGAGUCAACUUCCGGCGGAGUCGAAGUGGUGGGAGCCGAAGCGUCCCGGGACAAGCGGCAGCAGCAUGGCUCGAAAUGCAGAAAAGGCCAUGACGGCCUUAGCGAGAUUUCGCCAAGCUCAACUUGAAGAAGGGAAAGUUAAGGAACGAAGACCUUUUCUUGCCUCUGAAUGUAAUGAGCUACCUAAAGCUGAGAAAUGGCGACGACAGAUUAUUGGGGAGAUUUCAAAAAAAGUGGCACAAAUUCAAAAUGCUGGUUUAGGUGAAUUCAGAAUUCGAGAUCUGAAUGAUGAAAUUAAUAAACUGCUAAGAGAGAAAGGACACUGGGAGGUUCGGAUAAAGGAGCUGGGAGGUCCUGAUUACGGGAAAGUUGGCCCUAAAAUGUUAGACCAUGAAGGAAAAGAGGUUCCAGGAAAUCGAGGUUACAAAUAUUUUGGAGCAGCUAAAGAUCUACCAGGUGUCAGAGAGCUUUUUGAAAAAGAACCCCUUCCUCCUCCAAGGAAAACUCGAGCUGAGCUCAUGAAGGCUAUUGAUGCUGAAUACUAUGGUUACCGAGAUGAAGAUGAUGGCAUUUUGGAACCUUUAGAGCAAGAGCAUGAAAAGAAAGUCAUAGCAGAAGCAGUAGAAAAGUGGAAAGCUGAGAGAGAGGCACGGCUUGCACGAGGUGACAAAGAAGAGGAGGAGGAAGAAAUCAAUAUCUAUGCCGUAAAUGAUGAUGAGUCUGAUGAGGAGAGUGCCAAGGAGAAAGAAGGAGAAGAAGGGCAGCAGAAAUUUAUCGCUCACGUUCCAGUGCCUUCCCAGCAAGAGAUUGAGGAAGCUCUUGUACGAAGAAAGAAGAUGGAACUCCUACAAAAGUAUGCCAGUGAAACUCUCCUGGCCCAGAGCGAAGAAGCAAAGAGGCUUCUGGGAUUUUAGGAUCUAUGUGUUGCCUGGACUGGAAUUUGUCAGUGGUUCCAAAUACGUCACCAUCCACCCAGUUUUGUUCACUUACAGAUACAAACUGUCACAAGCUUUUGGGAUUGCUUAAUACUAAUAUUUUUCCUUUAGUUCCAUCCUUGAAUCAUAAAAAUCCAAUUUUUUAAAUCCAAAAGACGGUCUGCAACUGUUUCAGUAUGCUGUCCUUAAGUGUUCCUGGUUGGGUUGUUCAAGUGCUGAACAUUUCAGCAAUGUAUUUUGUAUAAGUAUAUUAUUACUGUAUAAACAAUUUUGCUUUUAAAGUUUGUAAUAUCUAAUCACUGUGGAGAUAUUUUUAUUAAAUACUUUUGUAGGAAAGAA